AUGCGUACUGUCCUCUUUUGUCUCGUGCUCUCCGCGAACGCGCUCCCUGAAGCGCACCUCCGCGGCCGCAACCGCGACCGCGACCUGAGCGUCCCCGAAGACGCCAAGAGCCGCUUCCUCGGCCUCGCGUCGAACGAGAAGCCAUCGGUCGCGCUGGCGCAUGGCGGCGCGGGCGAGCCGGCCGCGUUUGUCGAGGGCACGUUCCAGCGGCGCCUCCAGGAGUGCAGUGGCGCCGUUGGGCCGGAUUGCGAUGGCAACAUUUGCCCGUGCAGCUUUUUAUGGAUGGAAGAUUUUUAUGAGCCUCGAAGCCCAAAAGUGAAUGUCGCCGAAUUGUCUGCCGCAAAUGAGACGACAAUCUAUAUCCCCCCGCUCGACUCCACGUCGGGCGGGCAGGCCCACAGACUCCACGUCUGAUCGGGUGCACAUAUCCCUUUGCUGUUCCCCACACCCGCCCUCGCGGCGCC